AUGUCAGUGAGUAACCCGGAUUCGCGUGCUUGGGAAAUAUCAGAGCUUCUUGCUGAAGAGGCACACUUACCACCGCAAGUAAUGCAUUUUACUUCCCCUACUGGCUUUCAUCAUAUUUUCAUCUCCGCUAAGUCGCAUAUCGUCGGCCAGAUUGCUUACAUCGGUCGACGUUUAGAUCGGUUACUUCAUCACUAUCACUUUCGCUCCCAGUCAAGAAAGUCAGAUCCGGGGGAACUCUGGUUGCAUGGAAUUGGAAAAGCAGCAGUGGAACGUACGAUCGAAUUAGCCCUGCAUCUGCAAACACGAAUGUAUCCUGGGCAUAUUGAGGCUGUUGUUCAAACAAGUGCUUGCCCUACUGUUCAGCAGGGGAUGAAACUUCUUGGAGACGGAACCCUCUCUGUGAACGAACGUCAGCGGUCUAAACCUGCAGUUCACAUUCAGUUGCGAUUGUGUCCUACACGCGGAUAAUGACAUGUUGCAUCUUCCUUCUCACGGACAGCUUUUUUCUCCACAUCACUAUCAAACUGCUUUGUGAUCUUGUGGGAUUAUUUUGUUAUGAUGAAUUAUAGCUCUUGAGAUCACGACGU